GGCUUUUGGUUUCCCCGUUCCAUCAACCAGGGUACCAUAGGGUCCAUCACAACCUCUGUCACGGGUGUAUCAGAAGGACCUCGUCUGUUGCGAACUUUGUCUCCCUUUUUCACCAUCUUUUUCCUGUCUUCCAUCAUUCCCGCUCCUCUCUCUCUUCCCCUUCACGUUUCCCAUCAUAGCUCCCCAUCACCAAUAUUAACUUGACCGUGCUAGGGGUGGCUCAUUCACAGAUUUUUGUCUCUCUCUAUUUCAUCUUGAGUUGAAGGCGUGUGGCUAGUUCACCGCAUGAGCCCACCUCGCUUUGUGCGCCAAUUUCAGCCUCAAGAGUUGUUUUGAGCGCGCGUAUUUGAUAUCGCCAACGUGACACCAUUUCGACCCUGUCCUUCCUCGCCAGUGUCCCCAACACCUGACACCUCUCACCCCUCCAUAGGCCGAAUAUGUACAAUCGAGCGAUGGUUCCGGCGCCGAAUCCGCGUCUUACAGAGCUCUUUGACCAGCUGCGUCAAGAGUAUGAGAAUCAAUCUCGGAGCCAUGGAGAAUGCGAGCACCAAUUGACCGGGCAGCUGCAAGAGAUGGAAAUGAUUCGCCAGAGAGUAACCCAGCUGGAGCAGGCGCAUAUUGAUAUGAAACAAAAAUACGAGGCCGAGAUCCGCGGUCUACGAAUGGAACUAGAGUCCCGUGGUAUCCAUCUCCCUCCUUCACACGUUGGUGGACCUCCAACCCACGGCGGGCUCUCCCAGGCGCCGCCGCCUGCCUUAGGCCACGGCCCUAGCAAUCUGUUUGGUGGGAUCAUUGCAAAUCAAGGCGGUGGGCCACCUGCUCUAGCUCCUCCACCUCCUCAGGACCAACAGCAACCACCCCAACACUCCCUGCAACCCCCGGCCUCCGGCGCACAAGGACCACCCCAACCACAACAGGGCGCGUUUGGAGGCUAUCAGCCGAAUUCUGCGGUGAACGGUUAUGGACCGCCUCCACCCGCUCCAACCUCUUCCCCUGGCCCUGGAAAAGGACGCGCGAACCGAGCUCCUCCUGGACCGGCCACUCCCCAGCAGAAUCAGCCGGUUGCUUAUGCUGAUCCCAGAGAAUCUCCACAGAUUCCACAGCCCACUCCUGGACAGCCAAUUCCCUACCGUGUCGGAAACGCCCUCGGGGAAUUGGAACCCGACAAGCUCCCUCCAACCCAAAAGAAAGAAGGCACUGAUUGGUACGCGGUGUUCAAUCCUGAGAUUCCUCGUGUGCUGGAUGUCGAGCUGGUACACACCUUGUCCCACAACAGUGUUGUUUGCUGCGUCAAAUUCAGUUCCGAUGGGAAAUACGUCGCAACAGGUUGCAAUCGGUCUGCUCAAAUUUUCGACGUUGCAUCUGGUCAAUUGGUUACGACAUUGCAAGAUGAUACUGCGAACAAAGAGGGUGAUCUUUACAUUCGAAGUGUUUGCUUCAGUCCGGACGGAAAAUUCCUGGCUACCGGUGCUGAAGAUAGGCAAAUCAGGGUAUGGGAUAUCGCGAACCGGAAAAUCAGACAUAUUUUUGCCGGCCACGAAAACGAUAUCUACUCUCUCGACUACUCUCGCAAUGGUCGAUAUAUUGCGUCCGGCAGUGGUGACAAGACCGUGCGAAUGUGGGACGUUUACGAUGGAAAGCAGGAGCUCAUACUGAGCAUCGAGGAUGGAGUCACAACGGUUGCUAUUUCUCCCGAUGGCCGAUACGUUGCUGCCGGCUCUCUUGAUAGGAGUGUCAGAGUGUGGGAUACCACAACUGGAUACCUCGUAGAGCGACUAGAAAGCCCGGAUGGACAUCGAGACAGCGUCUACUCAGUUGCAUUCGCACCCAACGGACGAGACCUCGUUAGCGGCAGUUUAGACAAGACCAUUAAGAUGUGGGAGCUGACUCCCCCUCGCGGUAUCAUGGCCGGCAGCGGUCCAAAAGGUGGCAAGUGUGUUCGUACAUUUGAAGGACAUAAGGACUUUGUUCUGAGCGUUUGUUUCACACCAGAUGGACACUGGGUUCUCAGUGGCUCUAAGGACAGAGGCGUGCAGUUUUGGGAUGUUAUGACUGGCCAUGCUCAAAUGAUGCUCCAAGGACACAGAAACUCCGUCAUCUCCGUUGCGCCAAGUCCAACAGGCCAGCUCUUCGCGACAGGAAGUGGUGACUGUCGCGCGAAAAUCUGGAGUUAUGGUCCUUGGGGUCGUCGGUAAACAAAUCAGACCUCAUGGAUUCAGUCACGUCUUCUUCCCAAAUGUUUUUUUGAGAUAAACUUGAAAGGAAGUUGGAUUUUUAUGACCUUUGUAUUCAUAUCCUUGUUACUUUGCCGAUCCUUGGCCUUGUUUCCCAGUCGCAGCCCAAAUGUGCCUAUGAACAAUGAUAACUUGCUUUGGUAUGGUUAAAACAAAACAAAGAUGAGCACGGAUGGGGGGACUGUAUGUAUGGCGAAUGAUGGAGGUGAAUAAUGGGCUUUUACUAGCUUUCUCUUUUAUUGCUUUAUGUGUAUGUUCUGGACGCAUACACACCUUUCUUUUCUUGUCUUGGAACUAUUACUUGAGUGUUUUCGUCUCUUUGUAUGCACCAGGUACUGUCCCUUUUUUCAGUUUACAUGGGCUGUCCAUUGUGUGUUCAAUAAUUCUUAUGCUGCUGUCCUUCA